AGACCAUAGACAGUCAUUGUCCUUGUCGGCCAGUUGUCUAAUAUGGCUGUCUAUCUUGUUGCUGCUAUUGCCCUUCUUGGGGGGGCUUCCUCGUCCCCUCUUUCAGUUCCUGGAUCCUCGAUAUCUCAGACCCCGAUAACGGAAGCUGGGCGAGGCUGGGUUAGUUCCGCAGAGCUGCAAGCUUUGGUUGAUCCUCAGAAUCUCGUCCGGAGAGCCAAGGAGCUUUACGGGAUUGCCGAGCGAGCUAUUGAUGAGUAUGGUCAUCCCACGAGAGUCAUUGGGAGCAAGGGGCAUCUGGGGACGAUCGACUAUAUCUAUGAUACAAUCACUAGCCUAGGCGACUACUACAAUGUAUACACGCAAGAUUUCCCUGCAGUCACGGGCAAAGUUUACCAGUCCCGCCUGGUCCUUGGUAGCGACGUGCCAAAGUCGGCCGAGCCAAUGCAACUUACGCCUCCGACGCGAUCCCGCGAGCCUGUCUAUGGACAGGUUGUGCUUGUCAAUAACUUUGGAUGCGACCGAGGAGAUUUUCCAUCCAACGUCACGGGUGCUAUUGCUUUUAUCAGCCGUGGUGUCUGUCCCUUUGGUACCAAGUCCGAGCUGGCUGGACAGGCUGGGGCUGUGGCCGCUGUGGUCUAUAACAAUGAGAAAGGUCCCUUUGGUGGAACUCUAGGCGAACCUUCUCCAUACCAUGUCGCAACAUUCGGUAUAUCCAGUCGCGAUGCCGCUCCGUAUCUGGAGAAACUCAAAAACGGAUCCGACCUCGAUGCGAUUGCUUUUAUAGACUCCACCGUCCGGACCAUCACCACUACCAAUGUAAUCGCGCAAACCGUUGACGGUGACCCAGAUAACUGUGUCAUGCUCGGUGCUCACAGUGACAGCGUCGAGGCAGGACCGGGAAUAAAUGAUGACGGGUCCGGCACGCUCUCCCUCCUCGAAGUCGCAACCCACCUUGCCAAUUUCCGCGUCAACAAUUGCGUGCGCUUUGCAUGGUGGGGCGGAGAAGAAGAAGGGUUACUUGGCUCAAACUAUUAUGUCGAGACGCUGCCCGCGGAAGAGAACCUAAAAAUUCGAAUGUUUAUGGAUUAUGACAUGAUGGCGGGACCGAACUUUGCCUAUCAGAUCUACAACGCAACGAAUGCCGCGAAUCCCGUCGGCUCAGAGGAACUACGGGACCUCUACGUUGAUUUCUAUGAGUCACAUGGGCUGGGAUAUACAUUUAUUCCUUUUGAUGGACGAAGCGAUUAUGAUGCAUUCAUCAAGAAUGGCAUUCCGGGUGGUGGUAUUGCGACCGGCGCUGAGGUCAUUAAAACGCCGGAAGAGGAGGCGUUGUUUGGCGGAAAAGCAGGUAUCCCUUUUGAUCCGUGCUAUCAUCAAUUGUGUGAUGGGGUGGAUAACUUGAAUGUGACUGCCUGGGAAGUCAGCACGAAGCUUAUUGCUCACUCCGUCGCCACGUAUGCGAAGUCCCUUGACGGUUUCCCUAAGAGAACGAGCAUGGAGACUACAUCAGUCGAGGAUAGGCCAAGCAAGUAUCUUGGUCAUGCUCUGCAAAUGUAACUGCAUUGGGUCUCGAAGCGCUGCAAGAAGGCAACAAAGUGUAAUGUCUCCAGGAAUACUCUGCACUACUCUGCACUACUCUGGUAAAUAACUACGCCUGUACUUAGUUUCCAAACCUCACAUGGCAGCUUGCGAGGGCCAAUCCGCGAUAACCCUAACGAGAUUCCCAUAGCUUGAAUACGUUAAACAUAGACACAGCAUUCAUAUAUAUGUAUAUUU